CCGCCCGGCGAUUCCGCGUCUUCCAACAAUGAGGCCCCCCCCCCCCCCCCCCCCCCCCCCGCGGGCAUGAUCAACAGCAGGACCGGAGGGGCGCUUGUGUCAAAGGGAAAUCCCAAGGGCCGACGCUAAGGUUCGAGCUUCAGAGGGGUUUGAGGAGCCUAGGGGCUCGAGGAUGGAACUUCGGCCCUGCGCUUGCGUCUUCUUACCCCUGGCUGCGCAUUGCCAGCACUGACUGGCAUGAGCCGCCCCACUAGCGUGCUUCUCGGCGAUUCCCUGUUUUGGCAUCUGGAGCCUCGAUGCGAGGGCCAAGAGGGGCGCCGCAAUGUUUCGUCAAUCUGGGCGGCGGUGUGGCCAAUCAGACGAAGGAAGGCCGCCAGUUGCGUGCUGCUUUGGACGAAUAGGCACGAAUAAGGUCUGUGCUGCCUGAGGCAUGAGCCCCCUUUCUGGAAACCGUGUCCAGAAGAUAAAAGCAGCCUGGCCUCCCACCCCUCACCCAGACUCGCCAUCGUUCCCCCCCAGUUUGUUCAAACAAGAGAUCUGUCCUUUUCACCACACAACCAACCAGCUUCCAUCCUCGACCUCUUCCCGCUAGGCUCCCCCUUUGGCGUCUUGGACUAUCCUGGUGCCUAGUGGACUGACUUACGCGUGGAUGGAGUCAACCUUACCCGCGAUGCAUUAAGCUUAACAAAUACUCCAUUCUCUGACGUUUCGAGUAUUGGGGAAUUAGGCAGGCACCUCUUUACUGUCAGCGAACAUAUACGCACUAGUUCAUUGUUUGCAGUCAACAUCAUUCUUUACCAGCGCCAACACCAGUGACUGCCACAGCUUUCAAUCAGCAAACAUCAAGUCCUCCUACCGUGGACGCCGAUACCCAUCAUGGAUUCCUGGGCCGCCCACUCUCCCUCGCCGGCCAACCUCAAAUUCGAGAACCCGGCCGAGUCUCUCCUCGCCACUCCUGGCGAGAUCUUUCCCGAAGUCUUCGGCUCUGACCGCGCGACAUCAGCAACCCCAUCGCUCGACGUCAUGUCACCGGUUUCCUUGGCAGACGACGUCGACCUCACGGCUCUUGCUACUCUCACAGUUCCUCAGAUCCCGCCACGCUCGACGCCCGCUUCGACACCGGCGCCAGAGACUGAGAAGAAGCCUGUCAAGAAGAGGAAGUCGUGGGGUCAAGUCCUGCCAGAGCCCAAGACUAACCUCCCACCAAGGAAACGUGCCAAGACCGAAGACGAGAAGGAACAACGUCGCGUCGAACGCGUUCUCCGCAACCGCAGAGCCGCCCAGUCUUCACGAGAGCGCAAGAGGCUCGAAGUCGAGGGUUUGGAACGACGCAACAAGGAGCUUGAGACCCUCCUCAUGCAAGCUCAACAGAUCAACCAGACUCUCCUCCAGGCACUCCGUGAAAACGGUGUUGCUCCUACGAUUGCCACACGACCGGCAUCCUUCGAUGGUCUCAACCCUACCCCAGUCACCUUCUCACAAGAGCUCUUCAGCUCACAAGAUGGCCACAACUUGUCAAAGCACGACUCCUCUCUCGAGCAACUGUUCCCUACAAUCAAGACUGAAGAGACCGUCAACCCAGCUUCUCUUUCUCCCGUAUUGAACCCUCUCCCUGAGAUGGAGGAGGAUGGCGAGAAGGAGCAAUCGACGGCUGCCCAACCUGUUGCGGAUGCUACCUCCACUGCGACUGUGGACACUUCCCCCGAUGCGACACAACAUCCUGCUGUGGUGUUGUGUGAUGACCUGCAGUGUCGGUCGGCGGAAGUGCCACGCUCCAAGUGCCUGGCAGUGUCCCAGCAGUCUCAGCCCCCGUCGCUGGAUCCUCUCUCUCUGCUGCUCCUCUCGGCCUCGGCAAUUUCAUGGAUGAUCUCGUUCUCUCAAAGACCUUUGAUGCUGAUCGCUACAUCUAUGAAACGGAAUUUUUCUCUUCCCCCAGCCCCAGCAAUUUUGAUGAGUAUAGUAUGGCUGGUGACGACACCGAAACCCUCCACUUCCCGGCAAACCCCGAGAACUUCUUCGACGAAUUCAUCAACCCCGACGUCUCAAAUGCCGCAAACAGCAACGAGCAGCAGCCGCAGCAACAAUCCGGAUUCUGCGCAACCACGAACGCGUCAGUCCACAACCUUACGUAUCCGAACGCUUCGGAAGAUCCUUACCAGCAGCCCCAUACUGGCGCGUCCCUUAAUGGAUGCGACGAUGGAGGUAUUGCGGUGGGUUGUAUCUGAAGGGCGCACGGUGCCACAGGUUUUGGGAGAGGACGGUUCGGCGGCUGCGACAGCUAACGGAAAGGAGCAGCGAGCGCAGCCACGUACUGGAUUGCUGGCAUUUUGGCCCAAGGGUGCCAUGUUGCCAUCGAAGGAAGUUCUACUCACCUUGAUGUGGGUUCUGAGAGUGGAAGAGCGGAAGAUGAGGGUCCGCGCAGAACUCAGGGGCUCCUCCUCGAAACUCUGUGGGUCAACCGGCGUCCCGUCAUUGACGAUACACACACCAACCACGACUGAUAAUAACAAACUUCAACAACAAUACAAGUUGAAGGUAAUACCAAAACGGAAGCUGAAGGCUGGGCCUUGUGGCUUCCUCAAACCUCACCUCGACACAGAGCGUCGAAGGAUGUCUUGAUGACUUUUCUUUUUUUCUUUUUCCUUUUUGAAAACACAAUCUUGUAUGACGUAUAUCUUUACUACUAUUACCCGGGGCAUUUGGCAAAACCCAGAAGGGGCCAAUAUAGGGUUUACGGGGCUUAGGCUGUGGGCGUUUUAUGCGUGUUAGCGAGUGGUUAUCAGUGGCUUCAUCGAAACAAAUUGAACACGAACGUUCCACUCUGUUUCAUAUCAUGAUCUUAUUCAGUUCCCAACUUGUGAUUCUCGCGGAAAUGCAAUUGCUACAAUUAGUCUUGGGAAAUUUCAUGAUGAACG